GAUGGCAGUGGUGAUGGGGUUGUUGUUCCUGGACGCAAGAAAAAGCUGCUGCUCUUCCCGGGCAAACCCUGUGUGCUGAGAAGGAAAGCGGAAUCUUUAGAGCGGGCCAGCAGGCUUGAUUGAGAAGCAUUUGCCAGCUUUUUUGUUGUCCUUUUGCGAGACACGCACAGUGCAGCGCCAAGCUGCAACAGCGAACAACUCCUACCACAACAAACCCACCUUUGCCUCUUUGGGGAAUCGGAGACUUGGCCGCCUUGUGUAUGCUGCGUCCUAUUGUUUAAACAUUGACUGGGGUCUAGGGAACCCGAAGAGCGAGCCCCCUCCCUUAUUCCCCACCCCACCCGUGGACUACCUCCCUUUUCCCAAACUCCCUUUCCGGAGGAGGGAAAAGCUGACUGGAGAGCUGAAGGGGCUGGAACCAGUUGGGCUGCUCUUUAUUGAAACCCCAGAGUCAGGUGCACCGUCGGGAAUUGCGGACAGCCCAUCUUUGUGGGGCAUCUUUCUUGUAUAGGGCUGUGGGCCGGCAAGAUCAAACGUAGGGAAAAGUUCCUGGACUUUAAAGGGACCACCUUAUUUUUUCCCCGGUGACUGCAAAGGGAUCCUCUCGGAGGGCCAGGAACCCCUCAUCUGGCUCAACUAGAUUCAGUUUCUACCUUUCCCAUCAGGUGUGUGUGCAGAGCUACUGUAUCCGGGAAACGAGGGGGGGGGUGUCACACACACACACACACACACACACACACACACAUGCAUGACAUUCAGCUGCUGUCUUUUCUUCUCAGUUCAUUUCAUCCCCGCUUGCCAUACACCCCGGAGCUGUGGAUAAUACUACCACUAUAGACCACAGGACUACUCUGGCCGGAUGCUCAACCUGAACAUCUACACUUCUUGAAAAUAGCCCCUGCCUGCCUAAUUAGGAAACAUUCUCAAAGCCUGUACUCAUUCAGUCUUGAAGAUUUCUUGCUAAACUUGGCCUUCUCAUCCCUCCUCCCAAAGAGUGGUGGUAGAGAGAAGGAACACCAAGAAGCCUCUUUGGGAAAUGACUCGUCCUUCCUGUUUGAUUACCAUUUGACAAUUUUCCUUGCCUCCAAACUGGGUCUUGAAGAGGUUUGGGAGGUUGAUUUGCGGAGCCCUGCUUUUCCCAGAAGUGCAUGUGCGUUUUACAAACCGUCCUCCGGCUAGUGAACGCACUGCUCAGUGCGGCUGUGGCUGCAGGUUGGGAGAAGAGUGCGUGAACUGAGCUGCGGUUAGCCCAGGCGCCCACCCUCGCCAUCCCCGGCUGCUUGUGUGGUGCUCUGUGGCGGCCACUGGUCGCAAUGCAGUUUCGCAGAAAGCGUGCAGUUCUAGGCAAACGCGGAUAGUGUGGCUGGUAGCUCGCUGGACUCGAGUUUGUUUCGCUGGCGGGGGCUUUUUUUUUUUUUUUUGCCUCUCCCCUACCCUGUUUAAGUUGACCUCUCUCCCUCUCCUUCCCCCCCACUUCCCUGUACCUUCCCUGUCUCUCAUAAAACACGCCUCCAGAAAUCGAUAACCGGAGAGAACCUUUCUGGUUUGUAAGGGGUGAACGUGUGUGUUUUCAGAUAACACACACACACGCACACGCACACACAGCCUCGUCCUGCACCGUCUUUGCCGUCAGGAGGAGAACGAGGAUUCGGCUGCUUUUACCGCCAACUUGAUCUUUGGACAAGAGGGGACGCGUACAAACCUUCGGACUUAUUGCUGGACUCUCCAACCUUGGUGUUCAGUAAAGUCGGGCACUGUACUGUUUGUUCUGUGAUCUUCGCAGAUCUAAACUUCCCGAAGUCGCGCCUGCCAGGAGGAGGGGUGGAGAUAACAGGGGGUGGGAGACGUGUGUGUGUGUGUUGCAGUGCAUUUAUUAUUAUCUUUAUUACUAUUACAUCCCCCCCUUUUUUGGAGGGGGGGCACUGUCGUCUGGCUCGAAGCUUUGAAUCUGUACCUCCGAUUUUUUGGAUUGUUCCCUGGGGGCGCGGGCGGAGUGGUAUCUUCAAGGGCUUGUUGGAGGAAGGCGAGACAGGAGGAGGAAGAUGUGUGGCUUCGGCUUUAAGAAGCUGUCCCUGUCGUUGGGAUUAGUGCUGCUAGUUCUGAGCAAGGUGGCGCCGCAGUCGUGCCCGGCGCAAUGCUCCUGCUCUGGGAGCACCGUAGACUGUCAUGGGCUGGCGCUGCGCAGCGUGCCGAGGAAUAUCCCUCGCAACACCGAGAGGCUGGAUUUGAAUGGAAAUAAUAUCACAAGAGUCACAAAGACGGAUUUUGCUGGCCUUAGACACCUCAGAGUUCUUCAGCUUAUGGAGAACAAGAUUAGUACUAUUGAAAGAGGAGCAUUUCAGGAUCUUAAGGAACUGGAGAGACUGCGUUUAAACAAAAAUAACCUUCAGCUGUUUCCUGAGUUGCUGUUUCUUGGGACUUCGAAGUUAUACAGGCUUGAUCUCAGUGAAAAUCAGAUUCAAGCCAUUCCAAGGAAGGCUUUUCGUGGUGCAGUUGAUAUUAAAAAUCUGCAACUGGAUUACAACCAGAUCAGCUGUAUUGAAGAUGGGGCAUUUAGGGCUCUACGGGACCUGGAAGUGCUCACUCUCAACAAUAACAACAUUACUAGACUAUCAGUGGCAAGUUUCAACCAUAUGCCAAAGCUUAGGACUUUUCGACUUCAUUCCAACAACCUCUACUGUGACUGCCACCUGGCCUGGCUCUCUGAUUGGCUCCGUCAAAGACCUCGAGUUGGCCUCUACACUCAGUGUAUGGGUCCAUCCCACCUGAGGGGCCAUAAUGUAGCUGAAGUUCAGAAACGUGAAUUUGUCUGCAAUGAUGAGGAAGAAGGUCACCAGUCAUUUAUGGCUCCCUCUUGCAGUGUGUUACAUUGUCCAGCUGCAUGUACCUGUAGUAACAAUAUUGUGGAUUGUCGUGGAAAAGGUCUUACUGAGAUACCUACUAAUCUACCAGAAACCAUCACUGAAAUACGGUUAGAACAAAAUUCAAUCAAGGUCAUCCCUCCUGGAGCUUUUUCACCAUAUAAAAAGCUUCGAAGAAUUGACCUGAGCAAUAACCAAAUCUCAGAGAUUGCACCAGAUGCUUUUCAUGGCCUACGAUCACUGAACUCACUUGUCCUCUAUGGAAAUAAAAUUACAGAACUUCCAAAAAGCCUGUUUGAAGGACUAUUUUCUUUACAGCUUCUACUACUGAAUGCUAACAAGAUAAACUGCCUCCGAGUAGAUGCUUUUCAAGAUCUCCACAACUUGAACCUUCUCUCCUUGUAUGACAACAAGCUGCAGACCAUUGCCAAGGGCACCUUUUCACCUCUGCGUGCUAUUCAGACUUUGCAUUUGGCUCAGAACCCAUUUAUUUGUGACUGCCAUCUGAAGUGGUUAGCGGAUUAUCUUCAUACAAACCCUAUUGAGACCAGUGGUGCCCGGUGCACUAGCCCUCGCCGGCUGGCAAACAAAAGGAUCGGCCAGAUCAAAAGCAAGAAAUUCCGCUGUUCAGCUAAAGAACAGUAUUUCAUUCCAGGCACAGAAGAUUAUCGAUCAAAAUUAAGCGGAGACUGCUUUGCAGAUCUGGCUUGCCCUGAAAAGUGUCGCUGUGAAGGGACUACAGUAGAUUGCUCCAAUCAAAAACUCAACAAGAUUCCAGAUCACAUUCCUCAGUACACUGCAGAACUCCGUCUCAAUAACAAUGAAUUUACAGUGUUGGAAGCUACAGGAAUCUUUAAGAAGCUCCCACAGCUACGUAAAAUAAACUUCAGCAACAAUAAGAUCACAGACAUUGAAGAAGGAGCAUUUGAAGGAGCCUCUGGUGUAAAUGAAAUUCUUCUCACUAGUAACCGGUUGGAAAAUGUUCGCCAUAAAAUGUUCAAGGGAUUAGAAAGCCUGAAAACUCUGAUGUUAAGAAGUAAUCGCAUAACCUGUGUAGGGAAUGAUAGUUUCAUAGGACUCAGUUCUGUCCGUUUGCUUUCGUUGUAUGACAAUCAAAUUACAACAAUUGCUCCAGGAGCUUUCGAUACCCUCCAUUCCUUAUCCACAUUAAACCUCUUGGCCAAUCCUUUUAACUGUAACUGCUACUUGGCUUGGUUGGGAGAUUGGCUUAGGAAGAAACGCAUCGUAACAGGAAAUCCUCGAUGUCAGAAACCUUACUUCCUAAAAGAGAUUCCCAUCCAGGAUGUUGCGAUUCAGGAUUUUACUUGUGAUGAUGGAAAUGAUGACAACAGUUGUUCUCCACUGUCCCGCUGCCCAGCAGAAUGUACUUGCCUUGAUACUGUGGUCAGAUGUAGUAACAAGGGCCUUAAAGCCUUGCCAAAGGGAAUACCAAAAGAUGUCACUGAACUGUAUUUGGAUGGGAACCAGUUUACCCUGGUUCCCAAGGAUCUUUCUAACUUCAAACAUUUAACACUUAUAGAUCUAAGUAACAACCGAAUCAGCACACUUUCUAAUCAGAGCUUCAGCAACAUGACACAGCUACUGACCUUAAUUCUUAGUUACAACCGUCUCCGAUGUAUACCCGCUCGGACCUUUGAUGGGUUGAAGUCUCUCCGUUUACUAUCUUUACAUGGAAAUGACAUUUCUGUUGUACCUGAAGGAGCUUUCAACGAUCUUUCCUCCUUAUCACAUCUAGCCAUUGGUGCAAACCCUCUCUACUGUGACUGCAAUAUGCAGUGGUUAUCAGACUGGGUCAAAUCAGAAUACAAAGAACCUGGAAUUGCUCGAUGUACUGGUCCUGGAGAAAUGGCAGACAAACUAUUGCUCACGACACCAUCCAAAAAAUUUACCUGCCAAGGUCCUGUGGAUAUUAACAUACUUGCUAAAUGUAAUCCAUGCUUAUCAAAUCCAUGUAAAAAUGAUGGCACCUGUAACAAUGAUCCUGUAGACUUCUAUCGAUGCACUUGCCCAUAUGGUUUCAAGGGCCAGGAUUGUGAUGUUCCAAUUCACUCCUGCAUCAGUAACCCGUGCAAACAUGGUGGAACUUGUCACUUAAAAGAAGGAGAAAAAGACGGAUUCUGGUGUACUUGUGCCGAUGGAUUUGAAGGAGAAAAUUGCGAAGUGAAUGUUGAUGACUGUGAAGACAAUGACUGUGAAAAUAAUUCCACCUGUGUUGAUGGAAUUAACAACUACACAUGCCUUUGCCCACCUGAGUACACAGGUGAGUUGUGUGAGGAGAAACUCGAUUUUUGUGCCCAGGACCUUAACCCCUGCCAGCAUGACUCAAAGUGCAUCCUGACACCAAAGGGAUACAAAUGCGAUUGCACCCCUGGAUAUGUAGGUGAGCACUGUGAUAUUGACUAUGAUGACUGUCAGGACAACAAGUGUAAGAAUGGAGCCCAUUGUACAGAUGCAGUGAAUGGCUAUACUUGCAUCUGCCCUGAAGGUUACAGCGGCUUAUUUUGUGAGUUUUCUCCACCAAUGGUUCUACCUCGCACCAGCCCUUGUGAUAAUUUUGAGUGUCAAAACGGAGCCCAGUGCAUCAUAAAGAUAAAUGAACCGAUAUGUCAGUGUCUGUCGGGCUACCAGGGUGAAAAGUGUGAAAAGCUGGUCAGUGUCAAUUUUGUCAACAAGGAAUCUUAUCUUCAAAUACCUGCAGCCAAGGUUCAGCCUCAGACAAACAUCACUUUACAGAUUGCCACAGAUGAGGACAGUGGAAUUCUUCUGUAUAAAGGUGACAAAGAUCAUAUAGCCGUGGAGCUGUAUCGUGGGCGUGUGCGGGCCAGCUACGACACAGGAUCUUAUCCGGCAUCUGCCAUUUACAGCGUGGAGACAAUUAAUGAUGGAAAUUUUCAUAUAGUGGAACUGAUUGCAAUGGGUCAGAGUCUGUCACUAUCCAUUGAUGGUGGAAGCCCCAAAACCAUUACCAACUUAUCAAAGCAAUCCACUCUGAAUUUUGACUCCCCACUUUAUGUAGGAGGAUGCCCGGAAAGAAAAAUGUCCGCAGCUCUGCGCCAGGCCCCGGGACAGAACGGAAACCAAGUUUUCCAUGGGUGCAUUCGGCACCUGUACAUCAACAGUGAGACUUCAAAGACUUCGAGGAAGGUGGGCCUGAUUGCAGUACAGGCGAUUCUGCCUGGGUGUGCAUGCCAUAAAAAGGUGUGUGCCCAUGGAACAUGCCAGGCAUCAAGCCAGUCAGGGUUCACCUGUGAUUGUGAAGAAGGAUGGAUGGGGCCACUGUGUGACCAGCGGACCAAUGCCUGUCUUGGAAAUAAAUGCAUGCAUGGAACAUGCUUGCCAAUCAAUGCAUUUUCCUAUAGUUGCAAAUGUCUGGAAGGCCAUGGAGGUGUCUUAUGUGAUGAGGAGGAAGAGCUGUUUAACCCCUGCCAGUCCAUCAGAUGUAAGCAUGGAAAAUGUCGACUUUCUGGGCUCAGACAGGCCUAUUGUGAAUGCAAUAGUGGAUACACUGGGGAAAGCUGUGACCGAGAAGUCUCUUGUAGAGGGGAACGCAUCCGAGAUUACUAUCAAAAGCAGCAGGGCUAUGCUGCCUGUCAGACAACCAAAAAGGUAUCCAGACUAGAAUGCAAAGGCAGCUGCUCAAGUGGUCAGUGCUGUGGACCUCUGAGGAGCAAGAGACGGAAAUAUUCUUUUGAAUGCACUGAUGGGUCGUCCUUUGUGGACGAGGUGGAGAAAGUGGUGAAAUGUGGCUGUACGAGGUGCCCCUCCUAAACAUGUCCCCAGCACCUUUGUCUUUGAAAAUGUUGUAUACUUAUUGACCAUGUCGGACUAAUUAAUGCUUCAUAGUGGAAAUAUUUGAAAUAUAUUGUAAAAUACAGAACAGACUUAUUUUUAUUAUGAGAAUAAAGACUUUUUUUCUGCAUUUGCAAAAGAUUGAAGUGCUUGAACUAAGACUUCUCCUAGGCCAGAGGGAGCUUGAACAGAAAGACAAUAUAAAGAGCAUUACAGCAGUGAAGGGAAGAAGCAUAACUGCUUUUAACGUGGAUUCUUCUUUAUAACGUGCUGAAGACAAAUGGAUGCAAUACCCAAGGGCCAUUCAGCCUACAGAGCAUUGAUGAAAAAUUCACCUGAACAGAAGGCUUAUUAUAUGUGCACUCAUUCAUAUCAGUACAUAUCACUGUUCCAUUAGAGGAUACCAAGCGUGCACACGUGCACACACACACAGGACAAAUACAUGCACACAUAUAGGAAUGGGGAUACAAGUUGGGUGAAUUGGAAUCCAGAGUAUACAGAUAAGAAAGGCAUUUGGGGCAUAAUUUGAAAAUAUCCUGGAGAGAUGGGUUCUAGUAAUGGAAAAAGGAUUUGGGUUUAAAACAUGAGGAAUGAGAUCUCUUAAAAUAUUCUCAAGAUAUAUUCUUAACGUCAAGCAUGUUAGCAAAAGAAGCACACAAAAGUAUUCAUCUACCUUUUUCCAGUAUUAUUUUUUGUAAUAUAAAUUUCAAAGGGGACACAGAACCAAUAGAUUAUUGAUGGAUAAAUUAGUAAUAUGAUUUUUUUUUGUUUCUAUGAGUUUAAACAGCCCUAUACAGUAUUCAAUUUCAUUGAGAAAUAUUUAUUGUAUCAAAGUACUUUGUACUUAACAUUUUUAGGCCAUCCCUUUUACUGUUUUUCAAUUGUUUAAUAUAUAUUAAUUUAUAUUUGUCCUGAUAUUUUUGUAUUUUGGAUUUUUAAGAAUUAAAAUCAGGAUUUAUUAUUAUUAUGUUAUUAUUUUUGCAAUAGGACUAACAUAGCCUGUUGUCUUGAGGUAAAUAUUUUUGUUCUGGUUGUUUUGCUUAGCAUCUGCCUUCUGGUGUUACUAUAAGAACGUAAAACCAAAAGCGACCAUUUGACCUUUGGUUAUAAAUGCUGUCAACAUUCAGGACACCUCCCAAGAACCUCUAAAGGACAAGAGGAAAAUUUCAUCUUGUUAGAUGGCAACUGUAGAGAAGGGAAUGUUCCCAGUUCAACUUAUACAUCCCCCAAAUAAGAUGGUGUACAGAAAAAUGACACUAGGAAAUAGACUUUUUUUUACAAAUUAAUAUUUCCUCAGAGUUCUUUACCCUUAAAAAACCUGUAACAUGAAGAACUGUGACUUUUUUCCAAAUAAUAAAACUACUUUAUUACCUUGUUCCCUAUGUUAACAUGUUUGCUGCUAAAUGACAACGUAGAAUUGGUAAUGAUUUAGAGUGGGUUGUGCUCUGCUUUCUUUAAAAUCCCAGGGUACCCUGUAAAAAUGCAGAUGUUUCUUUCCAUUUUUUUUAAACCAAGAAAAUUAGAUGUACAUGUAUAAUGCAGUGUGCUUUGUCUUAUCUGGACUAAUAUCAGUAAUGCUACUGAUGUUUGUAAAUUAAACAGAUACUUACUUCAUUAACA